UUGAGGAGAAGAGAUGCUGGUUUGUUGAAUCAGUUGCAGGAGCUGGACAAGCAGAUAAGUGACCUGAAACUGGAUGUAGAAAAGACAUCAGAAGAGCACCUGGAGACAGACAGCCGGCCUAGCUCAGGGUUUUAUGAGCUGAGUGAUGGGGCUUCAGGAUCCCUUUCCAAUUCCUCUAACUCGGUGUUCAGUGAGUGUUUAUCCAGUUGUCAUUCCAGCACCUGCUUUUGCAGCCCCUUGGAGGCAACCUUGACUAUUUCAGAUGGUUGCCCCAAAUCUGCAGAUGUGAAUCCCAAGUACCAGUGUGAUCUGGUGUCAAAAAACGGGAAUGAUGUAUAUCGCUAUCCCAGUCCACUUCAUGCCGUGGCCGUGCAGAGCCCCAUGUUCCUCCUUUGUCUGACGGGCAACCCUCUGAGGGAAGAGGAGAGGCUUGGGAACCAUGCCAGUGACACAGGCGUUGGAUCUGAGCUAGAUGGCAUCAAAGCAGACAGUUCCUUACCAUCUCCUAGCAGUCUGUGGUCUGCUUCCCAUCCUUCAUCCAGCAAGAAAAUGGAUGGCUACAUUCUGAGCCUGGUCCAGAAAAAAACACACCCUGUAAGGACCAACAAACCAAGAACCAGUGUGAACGUGGACCCCACGAAGGGGCUUCUGAGGAACGGGAGCGUUUGUGUCAGAGCAACUGCCUGCGUCUCACAGAGCAAUGGUGUGAGCCUUAAGAAUUCGAAACAGGCGUGUUUGCCCUCUGGUGGAAUACCCUCUUUGGACAAUGGGAUGUUCUCCCCAUUGAAGCAGUGGUCCAAAGAAUCAAAGGCCGAACAAGUGGAAAGUAAGAGGAUGGCCCCGCCAGAGGGCUGCCCACCACCAGGUGCUGCCUCUGAACUUCAAAGCAAGCAUCUGCCAAAAAAUGCCAAGCCAGUCUCCCAAGAACUUGCUCGGUGUCCCACUGUGGGGACAGGGGAGUCCCUGAAAGAAAGCAGUCAGAUCUCAGCUGCCUCUCCAAAAGAGAGCCCAGGCAGAGGCCCCGCCCCUCUGCAAGAGAACAAGGUUGUCCAGCCCCUGAAAAAGAUGGCACAGAAAAGCAGCCUGCAGGGUGCCCCCCCGGCUGCCCCUCCUCCACUGCUGUCUCCAGCCUUCCCUGUGGAGGAGAGGCCUGCCUUGGAUUUCAAAAGCGAGGGCUCUUCUUCCCAAAGCCUCGAGGAUGGGCAUCUGGUGAAGGCUCAGUUCAUCCCGGCGCAGCAGCCGGGCGCCAGGCUCCACCGGGGCCACCGGAACGCGGGCGGCCCGAAGAGCUCCAGCCUGAAGCCGCGCGGCCAGGCCCUCCAGGGGCUGGAGAACGGCUUGCCCACCGUCAGGGAGAAGACGCGGGCCGGCAGCAAGAAGUGUCGCUUCCCGGAGGACGUGGAUACAAAUAAGAAACUCAAGAAAGCCUCUGCCAAGGGGAGGAAGAGCGGGGGCGGGCUGCCCGAGGCGGGGCUGCCCGGCAGGCCCCUGGGCGGCGGCCACAGGGCGGGGCACAAGGCGCACGGCCGCGACGUGGUGGUGGCCAAACCCAAGCACAAGCGAACCGACUACCGGCGCUGGAAGUCCUCGGCCGAGAUGUCCUACGAAGAGGCCCUGCGGAGGGCCCGCAGGGCGCGCAGGGAGCACAUGGCCGUGUACCCCGCGGCCAUGCACCCCGUGGCCGUGCGGCUGCCCUACGCCAGCCCCUACGCCUACGUGGCCAGCGAAUCCGAGUACUCGGCCGAGUGCGAGUCCCUCUUCCACUCCACCGUGGUGGACACCAGCGAGGACGAGCAGAGCAGCUACACCACCAACUGCUUCGGCGACAGCGAGUCCAGCGUGAGCGACGCCGAGUUCGCGGGGGACAGCACCACCUCCAGCGACUCGGAGGAGAGCGGGGGCUUCCUGUGGUCCCAGUUUGUCCAGACUCUCCCAGUGCAGACGGUCACCGCCCCAGACCGUCACGGCCACCCCACAAAAACCUUCGUCAAAAUUAAGGCUUCACAUAACCUCAAGAAGAAAAUCCUCCGCUUUCGGUCUGGCUCUUUGAAACUGAUGACGACCGUUUGAGCAGCGUCAUUGGUCGUGGAAAGUGUGUACGCCUCCCCCACCCUCCAGGUACCGACGUUUUUUAAAAAGGUGGCGUCUUAAUUUUUGUGUAAUACUUUCAUGGAAUGCUCUUUCUUUAAAAAAAAAAAAAAGUAAUGUGAAACCGAGGUAAAUUAGGUCUUAUCUUCAUGUAUGGACACUAGUGCCUUUAAUGGAAGGUAAAGAAUGUUUUGCUAAUUAGAAGUAAAUAUUGAGGUUUUGAUGGUGGUGAUAACGGUAGGGAAUGAGUUUUGCGGUAUCAGCUGAUUUUUAUUUUAAAUUUUCUUCGCAUCUGGCAAGGUACAGGUUUUGAUAUUCAAGUUUUAUCGGGAUGAGAUCUUCUAUCCCAAGGUCGGGUGGAUGGAACUUUAGGACAUAUAUUUUCUCCUUGAUUCUUUAGGGCAGUGUCUUCACGAGGAUUUUCCUGUUGAGAGGUAUUUUAUAUAAUUGCAUGAAGUAGGUACGAGGGGACAGUCAUUGUUUUCUGUAACUUUUUAUAUAGUUUACAUUUCUCAGAUGUAUCCCCAUUCUGUUUUCUUCUUGGAACUGUUCUGUUUCCUGGACUCAGAACUUGUAGACCAGACCCUAAAUCCAGAGAUGGCAACCUGGAUACGGAGGCUGGUGAUACCUUAAAAAAAUUCAUGAAAACUUCUGCCACACUUGGUGCCUAUUCCCUGGUUACAGUAACCCCUUGUAGGUUUAUCCAACAUUUUGAUGCCUUCCUUCCCCUCCCGAAUUUGUGUACGAUGCAACCAUUUGUCCCUUGGAGGACUUGCCUUUGGAUAAAAUUUUGGUCCUUGGGUACGGAGAAGUUCACUUUUAAUAGAAUAACCCUUGGGGCAUGACUCCAAGCCCAGAAUUGCUCAUUGAGCACUGUGCCACGUAAACAUAUUAGUGCAAUCCAGUCCAGAUUGGACAACUGAUCCUAUCUGAAAGGGCUUUUUUUUAGAAAAGAUUUUUUUUGGUGAAAAGUGUUGUGUAAAAUUGCUUUCUUUUAUACCAAUAUAUGCAUGUUUUGUGCAUGAGUAGUAUUUGUUUUGAUAUUCCUGUUGAUGUUAAAUUACUGUAUGAUAUAAACAGUAUGUGUUUUUAUAUAUCAUUGUGUAAAUUUAAUAUAACACAUUAUAUACUGUAAUAAACGAUUUGUUUUACUGCUGUUCAAUUUGUUAUUUGGGUAUAAAACCAGAUGUUUACACCUA